AUGAAUGAUCUACUUCUCCGAGGCCAUACCUGCCGGCAUUGCCGGAAGCUCAACCUCUGCGAAGCACCAGAAAGUGUUUUCAUAGAUACAGACUUGGACUCAAACUUCUGGAGGUACAGCAAGCCCUCCCCCUCUCUGAUGAGAUUCACUGGUAUACGUCUUGAUGAUCUGCAAGAAGGUGCGCGCAACGGCUGCUGCCCGGGAAAGUAUCUCUCUUCACAGCUUGGAGAGGGAUUCCCAGAAACAUUGAGCCCGCAUGAUUUGAAACUUUACACUGAUGGUUGGCGUUUUCAUGGUCUGAUACCUCUGGAGAAGACUCUCUCAAGCGAUCGAAAGCUUGAAUUCCGAAUCGAAGACCAAUAUGUUCAUGCUCCAUGUCAUAAAGGAAAGGUUUAUGUAGAGUUCCUCUCGUACAACAUCACGACCGAUCAAGAGGUCGAAUGGACUGGACGACAAAAUCUUUUGACUCGAAAGCCCAUAGUUGCAGAUCCCCUGUCAGGCAUAACCGCGGCGACUAUUCGAGAUUGGAAAGUCAGAUGCGACAGCAGCCAAGCUGAAGCCCAUAAAAUCUGUUCCAAGCCAACCUUGCGUGAAGCUCGUCGAAGGCAAUUCGCUAGACAAAGACACCGAGUAUACAGCUCUGAGCUAUUGCUGGGGAGGCGAAUUGAAAGAAUGUUUAAAGAAGGCAAUAAAGACUCGUACGGGACCGAAAUCCCUUGGGAUGACAUUCCUAGAACGAUCCAAGAUGCCAUUCUAACAUCGUACAAGCUUGGAAUCGGUUUCGUCUGGGUAGAUUCACUCUGCAUCAUUCAGGACAGCAAUGGGGCCGAUAAAGAAAUUGAGAUUGGCCAGAUGACCCAGGUCUAUACUCAUGCAGCUUUUACAAUUGCAGCCAGAAGGGCUCCCGACGCUCAUACUGGUUUUCUUUACCGGAGGUCAGUUCCCUCAGGAACAACCAUCGUGGAGUUUCGCGGCGAAGAUGGAGAGACAAGACAAUGCACAUUGACGUUCGAAGCCGCAGAAAGGGACGAAAACCAAAAUUUCUUGGACACUCGGGGCUGGACAUUGCAGGAAUACUUGCUGUCUCGCCGACUGGUCAUUAUUGGAACGUGGACAACUACGUGGUCUUGUCGCAAGGAACGCAGGGGAAACUAUGACGGAUGGAACCUGGAUAGACAAGGAGGUGACCCGUUCCAGUAUAAUGGAAGUUGGACUUCGAGUGACAACACAGUCUUGAAAGGCACUGAGUGUCUCGAUGCUAUUGCCUUCUUCGGCACUCAUCUCGACAGCGACCACCCAAGGCCUGAGGACCAUCUCGUGAUGUGGGAGUGGAAUAGGCUGGUUCAGUUAUACACCGGACGAAACCUAACAAAGAAAGCUGAUAGAAUUCUCGCGAUAUCAGGCCUCGCACAGAUCUUCAGCCCCAUGCGCGGAGGGGAAUACGCCGCUGGCUUAUGGCUGAAAGACCUCCCUGAAACACUUCUUUGGGAAAACCGAUCUGGAGCUUUACAUCGCAGGCCAAGCGAUCAGGGACCAUCGUGGUCUUGGACGGCUAUCAACAGUACAAUCACAUGGGGUACUGGCAACGGAAGACAUGUUUUGUCAGUGGACUCUGUUGAAUGUGAGCUUGAUCAUCCAGGAGCUCCUUUCGGGUCCGUCAAACGCGGUGUUCUUCGUGCUACGGGGCCUGCAUUGGACUUGGAGUGGAAAUGUAGCAGAAGUACAUCCAACUGGAAGAAUCCUGGCGGGCAUCAUCUGAGGUACUUGACGCCUGAUGGAGAAUAUAUCGACGCCCAUGUCAGAUUUCGCCCCGAUGCAGAAGAGCCUGAUUCAGACUGGGCGACAGUAACACUCCUUGCUGUCUUAGUUGAUAACUCCACGACAGGAAUUCUUCUGAGAAAGAAGAAUGACACUGAUUACUCAAGAUUGGGUUUCUUCGAUGCGGAUCUUCCAGGCGACACAUCUCUUAUAUCCUGCCAAUUGCCUGUGGUCAAAGAAUGGAGUAGUAGAACUUUUACAAUUGUAUAG